GGUAGACAGUGGGAAAAAAAGCAGGAAAACAGUGGGAAGUGGGCAUUCAGUAGCUUCAGCAUCACAAAGUCGAGUCUAGUUAGGGACCGUCCUUAGGACUGAGCAUUGAAAGGAACAGCUUGUGGGAGAUAAGACGGAGCUGUUUUACGUAGCGUACAGACCAUCCCUCUUUCAAUUAUACAAUAUUUCACAAACAACCUGUUCAGACAUCUCCCGGACAAGUGGGACUUGAGCUUGGACCCUUCUGGCUUAGAGCACAAAUCACUUCCAGUAUUUCAACUUUGCCUUAAAUAAAGUCUACCGGCGGGGAGCCUUUUUGCUCACACCCUCAACCGACUACUUGGAUAUUGUGGUAGAUCACGGUAUUUAAGGAGAAAUUGACUUGAAAUUGAAUCAACUGUUGCUAUUUUGUGUGGCUAUUUGACUGACAUGUAUAUUUACAUUCAGGUUUCAUAACUAUUUUCGGACUUAUUCGUCUUCCUCAUUAUUCCUUUGUUCAGGCCUCAGCAUGCAUUGGUUAACCAUCUGUCUGAAACGAGAGCAUUCUGCUAUAGAAGGUAUAUUUUUCCAGUCUUUGGAAAAGUCACACAUUUACAUGUGGUGAUGUGCGCUGCUCCAUCGUUGCUGGUCAAGGAGAAAGAAGCACAAGCUUAACAAAAUGCAGUGCUUUAAAGACCUCAAAAGGAUGGAAUGAUUGCAAGCCUCAGAAUCUAACAGUGCUUGAGGUGGAAGCUAGGGGGAAAGGGCAUGGCCAAACCUUUUGUUCGAGUACAGAGAUUUCUCCGGUGGACACCCAUACUUUUCGUUUUCCUCAUUGGGGCCUACCUGAUGGCUGGCAGCCUACUGCUACUGCAGCGGUCAGGGUUCUCCAUACAAUUGGGCCCUCGUGGUGUCUCCAACAACCAGCCAACAUCAGUCACAACUGUCCUAGAGAAAGCUAUUUCUGAUCCCGAAACAAUAUACAGCCUGAAGUACAAAUCCAAGAUGCCAGUUAACAUGCAGGUAUGGGACGAGCCAGUUAUGAACAGGAAAUUUGGACCGCGUUGGCUGAUAUCAGGGCACCCUGAAAUUGGUCAUUUGAGAAGAAGGUGGUUUAACAGCUUUGUGAAGGAACAAGAGCCAAGGCAAAGACUGGAGAUUGGAACAGUAAAGAAAACAAUUGGAAGUAAAGCCACACACAUAGGAUGUUUCAGAGAUGAAUCAAAGGAGAAAGCUCUGAAAGGAGCAGUGUUUUAUGACUUUCGAAAAAUGACAGUUUCCCAAUGUCAAGACAGUUGUGCAGAAAGAGGUUACCUGUACGCUGGUCUGGAAUAUGGUGCAGAAUGUUACUGCGGAAAUCGAAUUACUUCAAGCAGUGCAAGGCAGGAGGAUUGCAACAUGGAGUGUAAAGGGGAAAAGCACACAGUCUGUGGUGGAGUGAACAGAUUGUCAGUGUACAAAGUAGAAGACCUCCGACCAAGCAACAAACGAUAUAGGAAUGUUCUCUAUCGAGGAUGUUUCAAGAUACCCAAGAAUCUAACUGCAACUUUCCCGGUCUACUCAAUCCAGCCUAACUUGACUGUUGCUAAAUGCACUGAGUUCUGCACAAAAAAGGAGUUUCCCCUCGUUGUCAUCAGGAGGACUGAAUGUUACUGUGGUUUUGCCACAACUGACUUCACACUUCACGACAUUGCGAAUGACCAACUCUGUGGAAAACUGUCAAGUGACACUACAACCGAGUUCUUGGGAGAUGAGAAUUAUUGUGUUAUCUAUCAGACUCCUGUCCAAGACACCAGAUGUACAGAUAGGAAGUUCCUGCCUACAAAAACAAAGGCAAUGGUGGCUCUCUCCAGCUUCCCAGGUGCUGGAAAUACAUGGGCACGGCAUUUGAUAGAACACGCCACUGGAUUCUACACUGGAAGUUAUUAUUUUGAUGGAACUCUUUAUAACAAAGGUUUCAAAGGGGAAAAGGACUACUGGAAAAGUGGCCGGACUAUAUGUAUAAAAACUCAUGAGAGUGGGAAAAGAGAAAUUGAAACCUUUGAUGCUGCCAUCUUGUUGAUCAGAAACCCUUACAAGGCAUUGAUGGCGGAGUUUAAUAGAAAGCGCGCUGGUCAUCUGGGAUAUGCAUCGGAACGCCACUGGAAGAGCAAAGAAUGGCCUGAAUUUGUGAACACUUAUGCCUCCUGGUGGGCCUCCCAUACUUUAGAUUGGUUGAAAUAUUGCAAUCGAGUGUUGGUGGUUCACUAUGAAGAUUUGAAGAAAAACCUAUUGCCUCAGUUGAAGCGGAUGGUGGAAUUCCUGAAUGUUGCUGUGUCAGACGACAGGCUGUUGUGUGUUGAAACGCAAAAGGAUGGAAACUUCAAGCGAUCUGGGCUGAGGCAGAAGGAUUUUGAUCCAUUCACCCUUGAAAUGAAGAGUGUAAUUAAUAGUCACAUUGAGAUGGUGGAUGACGCUCUCAAAAUGAAAAAUCUCACAGGACUACCAGAGGAGUAUCUGCCCAGAUGA